AUGCAAAUAAGAAUUCAUCAGAUAGGCCCUGGAAUGGUUCAGCAAAUUCAGUCUGUGUGCAUGGAGUGCCAGGGCCAUGGGGAAAGGAUCAGUCCUAAAGAUAAAUGUAAAAGCUGCAACGGAAGAAAGACAGUUCGAGAGAAGAAGAUUCUAGAAGUUCAUGUUGAUAAAGGCAUGAAAGAUGGCCAGAAGAUAACAUUCCAUGAUGAAGGAGACCAGGAACCAGGACUGGAGCCAGGAGAUAUUAUUAUUGUUUUAGAUCAGAAGGACCAUGCUAUAUUCACUCGACGAGGAGACCUUUUCAUGUGUAUGGACAUACAGCUGGUUGAAGCAUUGUGA